AUGCUCAGUUAUAGGACAGUAACAAGGCUGCAAAACAAUAAAAUAAACAAAGCUAUUCCAAGUUCCCUAGGCAGAAAAUGAGGGAGGAGGUAAGAGAAUGCAGAGGCAGAAUACCAAAGUAUGUACCAAGUGUUAAAGAAUAAAGUGAAUUAAGAAGUACAUCUCAAUGUGUACUUUUAAAAUAUCAGGUAUUCUGAAGUUUUCCUUCAUUUUCACUGCAACAAACACAAAACUCUUAACCAUGAGUGUGGAGUAGCUGGAAGUGUCCUCUGCACCAACUGGUGUUGGUUCCCCUUCAAGCCAGGAGGGGAUCGUAGGAGAAGGUCAGAGGAAAAGGUGGUGGUGUCAAUCACAGCACAUAGACAUUUCCAGCUGGCUGAAAGGAUAUGGUCGUCAAACAUGCAGCAGUGUUUUCUAGAUUGUAACUUUAAAAUUCCUGUUCAAUGAGAUAACAAAGGGAAUGCACAGUUAACUUUCUGCUCUAAAUACUUGAUUUUGAAAACAGAAAACAUUAGACUAGCAGGAAAAAGCAGACAGCCUUUUGAAGUGCUAAGUACUGAGUAAAGGCCCAGGAAACAAAUAUUCUUACCUACUUACUUGGUUUAUCAUUUAGACGUCCACCUGCAAAAAGGGCAAAUUAUGUCAAGCUGGGCACUCUGUCUCCUUUCAUCUGUCCUUGGGCGCAGCUGACAAAGAACUGGGAAGGAAGAAUGAAAGCUUCAGGAGGAUUUGUACGUCCUUCUUCCCCACACCCUGAGUGCUGCACAACUGAAGGGCAUAAUUACUGUGACCCCAAAGCAGAAGUGGUCAGAGAAACUUCCCCUGAAACUGGUGAGGUAGAGGAGACCAUGGAAAUAACAAGUUCUGAAGGUGCCCUAAAACCAGAGGAUGUUACAAGCACCCAUGACCUUGGUGAGAGAGAUGAAACUAAGACAAGUGACUUUAUUGUUCUCAGGAGUGAGAAACUACUAAUGCAGUUAUCAGCCUGGUGCUAUCCCACUGCUGGAAAAGAUCGGCGAAUCCGUCUUAUUUCUCGACUGGGACAGAAAGAAAUGACUGAAGAUGUUUUUUUGCCAAUCCUGAUGAGCUAUCCAAGGGCUCUUGUCUGGGUCAACUUGUCACUCUUGAGAAAGGGGAACCCUGAAUUACAUGCCAUGAUUUGCAUCCCAACAGAAGGCGACUUGCUGCAUCUAAGCAAAGACAAACUCUUCUGUGGUCCUCAAGAACCCAAACAUCGUGACAUAUUCAAGGACAAGGUACAGAGACAAAAAGAAGAGAAGAAGAAGAAGAAAAAGGGUGGCACGAAGGCUUUAGAAGGUGACCCUCUGAGCGUUCCAGAUAAAGACACAACUGAAGACCAUGAAGACCUCAUUCUUGGUCUUUGGUCAGAUGCUCUCCCAGAUGUUACUUCUCACUGCUCCAGGACUGUCUUGGGAUAUGUCACUCGAGGGGAUUUUUCAUUGGCUGCAGGGUGUGGAGAAGCUCUGGGUUUUGUUAGCUUGACAGGGUUAAUUUAUAUGUUAUACAACCAGCCAGCAGAUAAGAAAGGGCUCGUUUUGUUAAGGACUCCAGCAUCUUUACAGUACAGAUUUGCAAGACUUACUAUUGAGGUUUAAGUAUAAUUGCAACGCAGUAGAAUGCCAAAAAUACCAAAGAAUGCCUGUUUUGUACUCUGUGGCCUUUCUAAUUUGUCUCAAAUUUGAGGUUAUUCUGAGCCCCAACAUCUCUAAGAUUAUAAAAUAAUUAAAAGGCUUUUUAGCAUUAUUCAAGAAAAUAACUAAUGCAUAAACAGACCUAGUAUUACUUUUGAUGUCUGCAUUGCUAAGGAUUUCUAACGGGUCAUUAUCACGAUCUUCUUUAUCUCUAAAGAAGCAUAUUCUUCAUUUUUCUCCUCAAAGCAGUGGAUGCUGUAACAAUAUACAGAAACUCAUCAUUUUCAUUUUAGAAACCUUUGGUCAGAUGGACUGUAGCUUCACAGUGCACUUUCACAUGUAACUGCAUGCAAUCUGAUCCAGUAUAUAUAGCAAGUGGCUUUCCUGAUUCCUCGUACUUGAAUAGAUGUGGCUGCAGUGCAAAGGAGCCGAGUAGAGAAACUUUGAACAGAAAGUUUAAUGCUUAAAUGAAAUGCAAAUAAUAUGUAGCCCAGCUAUAUAAUUUUGAAUUAUAGGAACUGGAGUUUUUAAAAUGGAAAACAUAUCAGUCUCUCUCUCUAGUCUGAAAGGUAAUAAGCUUUUCAGAUGCAAAUUGCUGGUGGUGGGUCAGCAUACAUUUUCUGUUAAUAAUAGGGGAUAUUUUUCUUCCUUAUAACAUGAGAUUAUUUUUGUAUGGAAUGUGCUAGGAUUGAAAGUUUCUUCAUGUUACAGUAUGGUUCAUGAAUGUUGUUUAAACAGUCAAAAUUUGUAAAGCAUGCUGGGGGAUGAAGGGAGAAAGGUGUUUGAAUUCACUGGGGCAGUGUGUGUAGGUUAUUGGGUUUUGGUGUUCUGUUGGGUUGUUUUAUGAUAGCCUUAAGCAUUUAGCCAUUCUUGAAUUAAGCAGCUUGAAAAGGAAUUUACAACAGUACGCUGUAGUUAGUAGCAGCAUGAUACAAAUAUAUGCCAGUUGGUAAAAUUACCCUGAGAUUAUCAUGUACAAAUAAAAAUGUAAUCUAUUCUUGA